UAGGUUCUGUUCGCGUUUUGAACGGUCCCGGGACCGAUCUGAAGGAUGCCUGAUCGGUCCAGGGACCGAUCCGCUAUCUCCGAUCCAAGGAUCUGAUCGUUCAAUCCUUCUCCUGAUCGGACGGCCGUCCGAUCGGGUUGGUCACCUACCCUCUUAAAACCUCCCAUUCUUUGGCGUCUCACGCGAACCCUACCUCUCCGCUUCUCUCGUUUCUUCUUCCCAGCGCCGGCCGACCCUCGUUUCUUUCUCCGACGAACGAAGUAAUGCCUCCAAGGAAGAAAUCUGCAGGGGAGGGUACCUCUAAGUCGGAUAAGUCCAAAUCUAAGGUUCCUACCUCUUCCCGACCUCAACCAUCCAGUUCGGGGAGAUUCCCGAACCAACAGUUUGAGAAAAACUUUAAGGACAGGACUUUCAAGUUGCUCCCGUGUAGGUCGGUUGAUAAGAAGUACAUGAACGAAUUUUGUCCGUCCAUAACCGAAACUAUCGACUACUACAAACUUGACACCUUGGUAUAUUUGGAGAGAGACAUCAACCUUGACUUAGUCUCGGAAUUCUAUAAUAAUCUUCAUCAGACUUUGGAUGGUAAUUAUAGAACCCGAGUGGCUAAGCAAAACGUUGAUUUCAAUAUGAUUGACUUCUUGGGUUAUUUGGCUUGUCGUGUAAGUACGGGGUUGCUCUCUUUCUACCCUGAUUUGCCAGACCCCGUGCCUCCUCCUCUCGAUGCCUCACCUGACUCAAUCUAUGAGUAUUUCUUUGGACACCCCAGACAGGAUGGAUUAGAUGAGUUGGAUGACGACUUUCCCACAUUUCCAGCCCUUAGCCUUUCUCCUCCUGACUAUAUCCUUUUUAAAGUGGUCACACAAUGUCUUCUACCGAUCACCACUAAAUCGUUGGCAGAGAUUCGCCCGUAUCACUGUCUGAUGCUUUACGGGUUACGUCGGCGUCUAGAUUUUGAUAUCAUGUCCAAUAUCUAUGCAUCCAUCGUAUUCCAUAGCACGCCAAGCGGCGACAAUGUCUAUAUGCCUUAUGGGCAUGUCAUUACUGAUUGGCUCGAGACUUUGGGUAUAGAUGUCUCUAAGGGGAGGUUGGUGAAGAUGGUUCGCCAGGAUUGUCGACUUGGGAAGCGUGCGUUUUCCAAAUCUGGCAUCCUCAGUCAGGAUGGGACCAUUAGGUGGAUGGAUGGGACGCUUUGA